AUGGCAUGCUUACAAGUGUCUAAGGAGAAGUUAAAAGGAGAAGUGGAGCAAGAAUGCACAGGUGAUGGUACUGUUGAUCUUCAUGGGCAUCCUGCAGUAAGAGAACAAACUGGAAAAUGGGUUGCUGGAAUUGUUAUACUUCUGAAUCAAGGUCUGGCUACUCUAGCGUUCUUUGGUGUUGGGGUGAACUUGGUCCUGUUCUUGACUAGAGUACUGCAACAAGACAACGCUGAUGCUGCCAACAGUGUUAGCAAAUGGACUGGAACGGUUUACAUAUUCUCUCUCGUUGGCGCGUUCCUCAGUGACUCCUAUUGGGGAAGAUAUAAAACUUGUGCCAUCUUUCAGGUCAUCUUUGUCAUUGGGCUAGUAUUACUAUCACUGGCAACACAGCUCUUUUUGCUGAAACCUAGAGGUUGUGGGGAUGAAAAUACUCAAUGUAGAACCCAAUCAAGCUGGGAGAUAAGUCUCUUCUACGUCUCCAUAUACAUGAUUGCCCUCGGAAAUGGAGGUUACCAACCUAAUAUUGCUACAUUUGGAGCUGAUCAAUUUGAUGAAGAGGAUGAGCACGAGGGACAUUCCAAAGUUACCUUCUUCAGCUAUUUCUACCUGGCUUUGAACCUUGGUUCACUAUUCUCCAACACCAUUUUAGGCUAUUUCGAGGAUGAAGGGAUAUGGGUUCUAGGAUUUUGGGCUUCAACUGGAUCGGCCUUUGCAGCUCUUGUCUUGUUUCUUGGAGGUACCAAGAGAUACAGGCACUUCAAGCCAAGGGGAAAUCCCCUUGCAAGGUUUUUCCAAGUGAUAGUUGCAGCAGCAAAUAAUUGGAAGGUGGAAAUGCCAGGAGGUGAAGUUCAUAACUUAUAUGAGGAUGGAAAUGAGAAAUCAAUUGUCGGAGCAAGAAAGAUGCUCCAUACCGAAGGUUUCAAAUUCCUGGACAGAGCAGCAUUCACUAAUUCACCAGUUUUUGAGUACAACCCUUGGCGCCUCUGUCCCGUUUCCCAAGUUGAAGAGGUGAAAUGCAUUCUGAGUCUACUCCCGAUAUGGUUGUGCACUAUAAUUUAUUCAGUAGUUUUCACCCAAAUGGCCUCAUUGUUUGUGGAACAAGGUGACUCAAUGAGAACCACAAUUUCAAACUUCAGAAUCCCUCCUGCAAGCAUGUCUAGCUUUGACAUCCUUAGUGUCGCAGUUUUCAUAUUCCUGUACCGGAAAGUGAUAGAUCCACUUGUUAGUAGAAUUAGGAAAAAUAAAGUAAAAGGGCUAAAUGAGCUACAAAGGAUGGGCAUCGGACUUGUUAUAGCAAUUAUGGCCAUGGUCGUAGCUGGUAUUGUGGAGUGCUACAGGCUCAAAUACGCCAGAAAAGAUUGCAGACAUUGCCAAGGCUCGAGCUCAUUGAGCAUAUUUUGGCAAGUCCCUCAAUAUGCUCUUAUUGGAGCGUCAGAAGUUUUUAUGUAUGUAGGUCAGUUGGAGUUUUUCAAUGCACAAGCACCCGAUGGACUAAAGAGCUUUGGAAGCGCACUUUGUAUGACGUCAAUCUCUCUAGGGAAUUAUGUCAGUAGCUUGCUCGUCUCCAUCGUAAUGAAAUUUUCUACAGUGGAUAAUAUGCCGGGAUGGAUCCCAGGAAAUCUUAAUAGAGGUCAUCUAGACAGAUUUUAUUUUCUCUUAGCCGGCUUGACAAUAGUCGAUUUGGUUCUCUACAUUGCCUGUGCCAAGUGGUACAAAAGUAUGAAGCUUGGAAAAGACAAUGAGAACAGGCAGUAUGGAGUCUAA